AUUUUGUUCAUAAGAUUAUAAAAUGUAUAUGACAUGCGAAUGUUUAAAUGUAUUCAUAAAAUGUAAAGGUACGGUAUUAUUUGUUCAUAGUGUUAGUACCAUUGAAUUAAGUGCAAGCGAACGUGCUCAUGAUUUUUUUAAUCAUAGAGAAGUUGGUUCUGUAAAGGAUUUGGAAAAUAUAAAAAACCAGCAUCCCGGCUUAAUAGAAAUUCGAAAUGUUGGUUCAUGGGCUAUUCAUCGGUGCUGUAAUUGUCAAAUGUAUACUCAUGCAAUACGUAGACAAUCUGGAGCAGUCGUUAUGUUCAUUAACACUGGUGUUAUUAUGAAUAAAAAAGACAUAGCGGAGCUGAGAGCAAGUUCCAAUUACAGUCCAAUUUUUAGGAUAGUAAUAAAUGAAAGAGAUGUAAACGAAUUUGAUCCACACGAGCAUCCGAAAUUUUCUGUGUCUCAACUAGCUGCUCAUGUAAAAUUAGAUCUUCGUGUACUAGAUCAACAACUUGAAGAAGGCAUUCAGCAACAGAUUCAUUUAGUAGAUAAAAAAAUACGUGCAUUUACUAGGGAGCAAUAUCAAAUUUUAGAUGAGUUUCGGGAGCGCAUUCACAAUGAACAUACUUUUCUCGCAAGGUUGAUCUAUAAUGCACAACAAACAUCAUGCUUUGCUUCUACAUCAACUAAUUUAGAAACUCCACCUCCAACACCCGAAUCUUUUCAAUUAAGCAAACCUAAUUUAAUAGACGACAUUAUAAAUACGACAGAGCGGAUCACUUCAGAAAAUACACCGUUCCGUCAAAAUUCUCCUUUGGAACAAUCCAAAGGCAGUAGUACAGUUAAUGGUAAUAAUGAUGCUGUUAUGCAAACAAGACAAUUAAGCAGUUAUGAUGGAGAUAUUUUGUUUGUACUUGAGGAUAUGGAAGAUGUUCCUUUCACAAUCAAGCAAUUACAAGCUUCUGAUCAGGAAUUGGAUAGUGACGUUUCUGAGGAUGAAGAAAUUGACAUACCAAUGGGUCCAAGAGUCGGUCAUCCGACUUUAGCAAAAUCAUUACCUGUCUCUGUGCCUGCAUUUCAUUCCUAUAGUCAUCGUUUAUUACAGGACGACGAUGAAGAACAAAUUUCUAGAGAUCCCAUGGAUCCUAAUAACAUACAAGCUUCUAUAAAGGCCUUAGCCAAAAGCGUACAUGGUGAUACAGUUUUUGGUGAUCUACCUCGUCCUCGAUUUUCAACUCAAAUUUGACUUGACGGGUUUAGUGAUCGUUAUAAGCAUCUCAAAAUCUGAAAAAAAAUAUGUGAUGUUAUACUUUUUUUUAUUAUUAUGACAUAUGUACGUCAAUCGUUAUUUUUAUUUUUUAAUUACUAUGAAAUGGUAGCAGCAAAUAAAGUUGCAGUAAGAAAGUGGCAUUUGCAUAUUUUAUUAUUAAGAAAAUUGCUGCUAUUACAGGCUUUAAAGAUUAUUUUCGAAACUUGUCGGACACUACAAGAAGUCAGUCUAGCGAAAGUGUCGUAUUAUCGUAAGUGUUUUAUACAUAAUGCCGAUGAUUUAUGAAAUAGCAGCAAUUGUUUGUGAUUAUAAUUUUAUUUUUUAUUUUUUGUUCUAUUGAA